AUGUGAAGCCGACUUCCCUGUGUUGUUGUGGUUUUGGUGGUGACGGAGAGCUGCACUCACCUGCCUGUUUGUCUGUAAAAUCCAGACUAACACCGUCGUGGAUGAUUUGUAUUUGAUCACACACGUAUUUUAGGACUACGGUAAGCAAACAUUAAGAUGGUUUGAGCCUUUUGUAGCCACGUUUGUACAGAUUUAUGAGAAAGAAGAGUUAGCUUGUGAGAGCGCGGUGAAUUAAAAUGGGACACGCAAAUAGCAGCAGCAGCAGCUCGGCGGCUCUCUGGUUGUUUUAAACGGUGGCUGGAAAAAUGCAACAUCAUCGGAGCUACACAGCUUUGUCUUGGCCUAUCAAAAAUAUAUUCUGAACCCCGAGUUGCUCCCGGUCACCGGUGUGUGAAUGCGUGAGUGCUUGGCAGUGCGAAUGGGUGAAUGGCCGAAUAAUGUGAAAGCGCAUAGCAACUCUAGUGGUUCAUAAACGUAUAUUAUAGUGGUUUUUUCGUCUGGAUGACAGUAGGAGGUGUGUGCUUGGUCAUUCCAGAAACAACAGAUGUAACUGGAGAUAUGGCCAUCUUACAGUAACUCCCUCACACCCUAAAAAUAAAGACAGGUUAACAGUGUGACUGCCUGAUCAGCAGCAGUCAUGUACAGUCCUACGUCUGAAGUUGUGGCAGGGAACCCAAGUGGAUAUAUGGCAGAUAAAGACGCAAAUCUGGAGACAACCUUGGGGAGUGCCUACUCUCCGGUGGACUACAUGAGCAUCACUAGUUUCCCCAGGUUGCCAGAGGAUGAUGUGACGUCUGGGGAAAACACCCUUAAAUCUCGCAAAGAAGAUGACAACGUCCUGAGUGAGCAAGAUACAGAUCCAGAUAUAUUUUUGAAGUCGGCUCGCCUCCAGCGUCUCCCGUCCUCAGCCUCUGACUUGGCCAGCCAUGAUGAUGAUUCCCUGCGGGAGACCACAACAGACCCCAUUGCACAAGGCUGUGCUUGCCAGCGAGAUGGACUGACAGUCAUUAUCACAGCCUGUCUAACAUUCGCCACAGGAGUCACUGUUGCUCUCAUCAUGCAGAUCUACUUUGGAGACCCGCAGGUCUUUAAUCAAGGAGCGGUGGUGACAGAUGUGGCUCGGUGUACAACUCUUGGCUUUGAUGUUCUGGGAAAACUGGGGUCCAGUGUUGAUGCUGCCAUCACUGCUGCCCUGUGUUUGGGAAUUAUCCACCCUCAUACCUCUGGUAUAGGAGGUGGCGGAGUUAUGUUGGUGCAUGACAUCCGUAAGAAUGAGACGAGGAUCAUCGACUUCAGAGAGACUGCACCAUCUGCCAUCCAUGGAGAUAUGAUGCUGACAAACCUUAAUCUUAAUCCAGGUCUGCUGGUGGGUGUACCGGGCAUGCUCAGUGGGAUGCAUCAGGCACAUGAGCUCUAUGGCAGGUUGCCAUGGAAGGAUGUGGUUACCAUGGCAGCAGAUGUGGCCAGAAAUGGAUUUAAUGUUACUCAUGACUUAGCCGACGCUCUGGCUAAAGUUAAGGACCAAAACAUGUCCGAUGCAUUUCGGAAUUUGUUCCUCCCCAAGGGCCAGGCUCCUCUGUCUGGAUUGUUCACCAGACGUCUUGAUUUGGCAUCCAUAUUGGAUGCUAUCGCAGUUAAGGGGAUAUCGGAGUUCUACAGUGGAAAUCUGACGCAGGAGAUGGCAGCAGCAGUACAAGCAAGGGGUGGAGUCCUCACAGAGAAUGACUUUAAAAACUACAGUACAGUCUUACAGAAGCCGGCAGAGAUCAACUAUCAGGGACAUCGUGUGAUGGCAACCUCAGCCCCACACGCAGGUGUUGCCCUGAUCACUGCUCUCAAUAUUCUGGAGGGCUACAACAUUACCAGCCAGGUGCCCAGCAGCAACACCUACCACUGGAUUGCAGAGUCUGUGAAGAUAGCUUUGGGCCUGGCUAGUGGUCUGGGGGACCCCGUGUAUGACACUUCUGUCUCAGAGACUGUCACCAAGAUGCUGAGUAAAUCACAGGCUUCCCUAUUCCGCGAUAUGAUCAGUGACGUACAGGCAUUCCCUGUCACUCACUACACUCCAUCAUUUCCCUUGGAGAAGGGUGCAGCAGCUGCUCAGGUCAUGGUCAUGGGCCCAGAUAACCACAUUGUGUCAGUCAUGAGCUCUCUUAAUAAACCAUUUGGCAGUGGGAUAGUGACUUCCUCUGGAAUCCUUUUGAAUAGCCAGAUCCUGGACUUCUCCUGGCCUAAUAAAACACAGAACUCAUCACCUAAUCCGCACAACAGCCUCCAGCCUGGGAAGAGGCCCAUGUCCUUCCUGAUGCCCACAGCAGUGAGGCCAGCCAUCGGGAUAUGUGGCACAUACGUGGCUGUUGGGUCUUCUAAUGGAGAGAAAACUCUCAGUGGCAUUACACAGGUGCUGAUGAAUGUUUUGUCUUUGCGUAAAAAUAUGAGUGACAGUUUGGCAUAUGGGAGACUCCACCCACAGCUGCAACCCAACACUCUCCUCGUUGACUCGGAGUUUUUAGAUGAAGAUGUGCAGCUGCUGAAGGCCAAAGGUCACGAAGUUGAGAGAAUAGAUGUUCUCUCAUUGGUGGAGGGAACCCGGAGAAGCAAUGACCUCAUCAUUGGAGUGAAAGACCCCCGUAGUUCUGAUGCCUCUGCCCUCAUUAUGUCCAAAAUACCCUAGUGCAUCUUCUGUCCAGUACACAUAAUGGAGUAAGAGUAACACAUUAUAUUAUUGAGGGAGUAAAGAAACUGCUGAUGAACUAGUUCAGCAAAUAUAAUUUAAAAGCCAAGCAUUGUUGUCUGUCUGAAAAAAAAACAAAACAGUCUUCAACAAGAUAUCCAGCUUCCUCUGAGAUUACUUUGUAGGAUACUGAUAGUGAUCCUCAGAUUUUUAUGACGCGUAGAAAACUACAAAGGAAGGACUGUCUCAUACUGUUUGUGGUAUGCCCUCUCAUCACAGCCUCAUGUCUCACUGGUAGAUAGUGUUGAAAAUAUGUCCAUCUCAUUAAUGGCAUCAAAGUCUGUAGCCUAUAGAACAGUGUACAAGUGCAAGGUGUGUUAAAAAAUUAACACCUGAUGCAUUCCAUUGCCACUUAAACAAAGUAGUAAAUUUAAGGGGUUUAAAGUAGAUUUACUCAGUGGAUGUGAAAAAGAGAGUUGCACUGUGAAUUUGUUAUCAGGAAUUCUGAGGUAAAUUCAUGACGAACAAAUGGAUUCUCUGUAAGAAUGGGCAGACAUUAAAAAUGACUGAUUCCGCACCAUGAAGUCACCAUUUACAACAUGUGCAUGGUCCUCUGUGCAGUUUUUCAGCUCACUGUUAUUCCAGAUAACACAAAAAAAAUCACAGUUCUUCAUCAGUUCUCUCAGCCUGUUGGAUGAGAGGUGAAACGUCUUCGACCUAAAAACCUAGACCAGUUGAUUUUUCUAUGACCUGGAUGACUCAGAAUCUGCACGGAUAAUAUUUAAACCACUGAUUAAUAGUUGCAUUGUCACACCUUAACUAGACUAUUCUGAACUGGACAUGGACAGCAUUAUUUACUGUUCUGUCUUAUAUGGUGUUUAGCUGUGAAAACAUAUUGUUUGGUAGACCUGCUGCUGUUAAAAUAAAUAUCAGUAAUCACAGAUUAAGUUAAUUUAGAUGCAUAAUUUAAGUAAUUCAAAUUGUUGCAUGAUCAUGUUCUUAUUUAAAGCUUUUUUUUAGAGUGGGGAUACUUAUUUUUAGAAUGGGAAUAAUCUGAUUCUUUAGAGUUGGAUUGAAUGUAAUCUGUCUGGUUUUAUAUGAAGAUUUGUUGGGCUGUAUACAUUAUGUCUACUGCUGUAACACAGUGCAUUCAAUCAGCUGAUCUGAGAAAAUACAUGCUUAUUUUUGUGUACUUGUGUGUAAUUAUUCUUGGUAGUAUAUUUGAAGUAAGAACCAACAAAUGGUUUAAUUUACAUCCAGAAAAGGCCGGUGCUGACUGAUCAAACAUGCUUAACUUAACUUAUUUCUCUUGUUGGGUACCAGUGCAAUAUGACUGUUGAUGCUUGUUGCCAAUACAGUAGAGUACCAUACCUUAAUGCACACAUUUGCACAACAUCUGAUGUUUGAUUCCAUAUGCAUUUGUAUCACAUUUUAAUAAAAAUGAGCACUGUUCAAACACAAAAAUUAAAUGUUUCAUGCAUCCUAAUGCUGAAAUGUUUGUCUCUUGGUUUCUCCAUACAUGUGUAUUUGGAGUAUCUGACCUAGGUAGAAUU